AUGCAUUUUGAAGGAAUUUUAUUGGGUUGUGGAAAUCCAUUAUUGGAUAUACAAACACAUAUAGAUAAUCAGGAAUUUUUCAAAAAGUGGAAUUUGAAAGAAAAUGAUUCGAUUGUCGCCGACGAAAGUCUUAUUCCAAUGUUCGAUGAACUCAUGAAUGAAUUCGAUGUUACUUAUAUUCCUGGUGGUGCGACUUUAAAUUCGCUUCGAGUUUGUCAGUGGUUGCUUAAUACACCAAAAUUGACAACAUUUUUUGGUGCUAUAGGAAAUGAUAAAUACGGUAAAAUUCUCGCUGAAAAAUGUCGCGCAGCUGGAGUUAAUGUUCAAUUUCAAGUGAAUGAUGACGUGAAAACUGGUACUUGUGCUGCUUUAAUAUAUAAAGAACAUCGUUCACUUUGCGCUGAUUUAGCAGCAGCGAAUACAUUCACCAUUGAUCAUAUCAUUAAGCCAGAAAAUAAAAAACUUAUCGAAAAAGCAAAAUUCUUCUAUAUAUCGGCUUUUUUCUUACCGGUUUGUCCACAAGCAGUAUCGGAAAUCGCGAAGCAUGCAUUAGCGCAUAACAAAACUUUUUCGAUGAAUCUUGCUGCUCCUUAUAUAUCAAUGUUUUCAUUGGAUCUUUUAUUAGAAAUGUUCCUUUAUAUUGAUAUUCUAUUUGGUAAUGCAGAAGAAGCACAAGCAUUUGCGGCAGCUAAUAAAUUUAAAGAAAAAGAUUUAAAAGAUAUCGUUCGAAAAAUUGCAAUUAUGCCUAAGUUGAAUAAUAAUCGACAUAGAAUCGUGGUGAUUACUCAAGGUGGUGAUCCUAUAAUUGUUGUUGAAGGAAAUAAUUUAAUAGAAUAUCCCGUAACUAAACUCACCAUAGAUGAAAUAAGAGAUACGAAUGGCGCUGGUGACGCAUUUGUUGGAGGUUUCCUGGCGGAAUACAUUCAGAACAAAUCUAUCGAAAAGGCAGUAAAAUGUGGUCAAUAUGCAGCACUAGCAAUUAUUAAACAAGAUGGUUGUUCUCUUCCACCAAUCUGUGAUUAUUCUUUUUCAAAUUAA